GUUAUAAAGCGGCUUGUAUCGGACUCGAGGACAGAGAACUCUCAGAAAAGCCGCAGCGGUUCUCUGUGAACUUCCUGCAGGGAAACGAGCACAACAUGCCCGCUACAGCAGCAGCUUCCACCGGAGCCGACCCCACUGAUCUCCCGGUGGAUUUACUCCAGUCCGGAAGCCCGACACAUCAGAAGCGGACCGGGGUGUAUUAGAAUGUUGGCAAACUUAUUAUCUGGGGUAAAUGUGUAAUUCAGAAGAACGCGUUCCUGCGGAAACGGACCACAAGCAGCAGCAGCAGCAGCAGCACACCGGGCUCUGCUGACCACCAGAAGUAGUGCUGGGAAAGUACGAGCUUUUUUCAUUUUAAAGGAUAUAUCACUUGUAAAUAGUUAAUGUGGUAAUUCAGGCUUCAGCUCCCGACGAUGAGUUGGUUUGGUUCUCAUCUGACUCCUUUUGGACUGAUUAUAUGGACAGCAGUGCGGAUCGAAUCAUUUUGAUUCGAACGUUUCUCCCUCAUGCUGCUCCUCCGGCUGACCUGGACGCUGACUGCCGCCGCGGGCUGCUUCCUGCUUCUCCACAACCACCUGCUGAGUCAGCUGGUGGCAGGAACCUGUGAGAUCGUAACUCUGGACCGAGACAGCAGCCAACCCAGGACAACAAUCGCCCGUCAGACAGUCCGCUGUGCAUGCAGGGAAGGACAGAUUGCUGGGACAACACGAACCAAACCGGCCUGUGUUGAUGCUCAAAUCGUCAGGAGUGAACAGUGGUGCGAAAUGAUUCCAUGUUUGGAUGAUGAGGGUUGUAAUAUCCUGGUCAAUAAAUCGGGCUGGACCUGCACACAAACGGGAGGCCGACUAAAAACUACCACGGUAGGAGGAGAACCUGUUGGGCUGCUGUGAUUCUUUACUAUCACAUGAAUGGAAAUUAUCUUUAACAAAGAGUGAGGGAAAAUAGUUUCGAGAACCAGAGAAAGAAUAUAUUUUUUGUCAAUAUUUAUUUUAAUGUUUUACAGUGUUCACAGACUCUGCUCACUAAACCGUCAGGAGAAAAAGCCUUUGAGAAGAACACAGCAUACAGUUUUAUAGGAGGGUUUUAUUCCAUUCUCACAGGUUGACAAUCUAGUUACCAAACAGAUUGCAAGCAUAUGCAUUUUCUUUCAUAAAGGAAAUUAAACAUUCAAGGAUGUUCUUGAGGGUGAAUAACAGACAAACAAGAAAUAAUUCAACAACUUUAUUGUAAUAGGGUUUGGAGAGACAGCUUCAGAAAACUUUCCCAUGAGCAUUAAGCUAGAAUCAUAACAUCAUUAUGCAUUCAUACACUCAUAGACAUAGUAACCUCAAACUUUUCGAUCGUAUUUCCUCUUUCUGAUACUAAAAAAAAAAAAAA